UCAUUCUUGACGUCGUACGUCAAAUACGUUAAUGAGAACAUGUUUUGAGGUCAGACAUACCCUGUCGAGAUGAAAAUAUACAGGGUUAUUUUGCAGAUGAUAAGAAAUUAGACUGAUAAAUGGAGAGCUACCAAUAAAAGGAUACCGCCGGUUCCUUACUGUGGGCUUUGUAACCACCAUCGAAACAUCGAGGUAUGGAUGUUAAUAGUUGGCGGUGUGGGCACGGACUGUGGUGCUUCGCUCAAUCAAAAUGGUGGACAAAUAUAUUGUUUGUUGUCAUCCUUCUCAUUUCCUCAAUGAAACAAGUUUGUUGUGAUGAUUAUCAUGUGUCUCGAAAUGACCAUGGUAUCAGAUACUAUGAGGCUAUAGUGAAUGUAUCAUACAAAAGCAAUGGAGAGGGACUAGGCCUAUCUAAAAUAAUGGACGGUAGAUAUGGACCUUACGGUUUAGCAGAUCCUGUAACCGGACAGGUUUUUCUUGUUCGUUCGAAGAAUAAUGAAACAAACGGGUGUACAGACUAUGAUAUGAAAAUUCCAACAGUUCAAUGGAUAGCUUUAAUAAGGAGAGGAAAAUGCUUAUUUGGUGAAAAGAUUAAUAGAGCUGCAAAAAAGUACAAUGCUUCAGCAGUUGUGAUAUAUAAUAAUCAAAGUGAGAGGUCAUCCCUCUUAUUGAUGCAUCAACGUGAAGAAGAUCGAGACGUUAUCUCUGUUGCUAUAGAUAUGAACGAUGGUGAAUCAAUAGUAAAAUGGUUGGAAACUGGUACUGUUCACAUGACAAUCAAUUUAGGGGAGGCGAAAUUAGUUGCAGGGACCCCAGUACAGAGCAACAUCAGUAAAACGUCUGUCUUAUUUGUGUCAAUAUCGUUUAUAGUUCUGAUGAUUAUAUCACUAGCAUGGCUAGUUUUCUACUAUAUUCAACGAUUUAGAUAUGCACAUGCUAAAGAACGACUUGCAAGGAGAUUAGCCAGUGCUGCUAAGAAAGCCAUUGCUAAAAUCCCACAGCGUAACAUUAAAUCUGGAGAUAAGGAAUUAGAAAAUGAUUUUGAUCAAUGUGCCAUUUGUAUCGAAGGAUAUAAAGCUCAUGAUGUCAUACGAUCACUUCCGUGCAAACAUGUUUUUCACAAGUCAUGUGUUGAUCCAUGGUUAUUAGAACAAAGAAGUUGUCCCAUGUGUAAAUUAGAUAUACUGAGAGCAUAUGGAAUGCAGGUGGGAGGAAGCGAAGAUUGUGUACAUCAAGAUGGAGAAAGUGGUGCUGUUUCUGUGCCAGCAGAAGAAGUUGAGCAGACAUCUAUUGCAGAAGAACAAGGAGCAGAAGGUCAAGUCAAAGUUUUACUUCUGCCACACAACUGCAUUCAUUUUCAUCAUGAAGGAGAGUCUAGUCUUGACUCCCAAACGGAGGAUGAACUUGUUGGCGCAGAGCAUGUCAGUGAUUUUGAAUUUACCGAAACUCAGUAUCUAAUGGAGGAUAAUAUUGAUAGUGAAAGAUUAACUAAACUUCCAGUUUCGACAGCCUAGCGUUGUUAGAAAGUCAGAGGAGAGUUGAGUGGCUUACAGGCAUUGUUGUGAUAAUGUGUUAGUUUGAUAUCAAUUCUUGAACAAAUAGAAAUUUUAUUUUGAAUGUGGAAUAAUCCUUAAGGGGAAGAACCCUCAGCUUUAGUCAGCAUUACGAAAAACACACAAAAUAUUCAACAACGUAAUAACUGUGUUCAAAUUCCUUGAGUAUAUAUCUUAGGAAUGAAUGUAUUUAGUUAAUUCCAGACACCCCCUGAGCUCCAGAUGAUGAAUUGAUAUACUCGCUGCCAAAAGUAUUGGAAAUGCUACUGUGUUUGUUAAAAAAAACAUUGAAUGACGUUUCUCAACGAACACCUACAGAACGAGUGUUGGAGAUGUUAUAAAGAAAUUACCAAAGUUUAUCAUUUUUGUAGUGUAGUGCAUGCACUAUGAGAAUUUAUUCAUGGCAUUAGUUUUCAUCUAGAUAAAAAGUGUAGCUUAAACACCAUUACAAUAAAAUAUAUCACCAAAUAGAAAAUAAAUGUAGAAAAAUAAUCCAAAAAAAUCUAUAUUUAUUUAUUAUUGUUAUUGUCAGUUAUAUGCUUUCUGUUAUAUUUUGUGCUUCUUUAUUUUUUUAAUUACUAUAAUAGCCCAUGCGGUCAUUGGACCAGAGGGCUUAUGCUGUCAAUUUAGUCUCCAGCAUAGACACAUCAUAUUUUUGACCUCCGCAGAACUGAUGCGAUUUUUCCGCUUUUAUUUUUGCUGUAAGUAGUUUAUGUCAUAGAAUAGGAAUUGUUUUCUUAUUUCCAAAAGUCUGUUCUAUUCUGUUUCCAAGAUUGUAAACAUCAGGGGGUUUUUCUUCUCGUAAAUACUAUCAAAUAAUAUGGUAUGAUAAUUCUCAAGUAGAAGACUCAAGUGCAACAUCUUUUAAUGAGGUAUAAUAAUUUACUAUUUAUUUAUAUUCAAAUUUGAAUUGUGACAAACCCUAUUUUCUUUAGUCAAAAAUAGCACCUCAAAUUUUAAAUUGUCAACUGCAUACUUAUAUUCUUAUUGUGCUUUAUACCGUAAUGUCUGGUGAAUAUGGCCCUUGGGGCUCUUGUUUCCUUGUUAUUGACUGUCUUUUUUGCCAAUUAAAUUGAACAAACCACCGGUUUUUGUUCGUAAUUUACAAGAGGAGAUAGAAAGAUAUGUUUUUUAUUUAUUAUUGAAAACAAACAAAAGUGCUCAAUUGAACUAUAGUGUAAAGAUGUAUAAAAUGGAAGUUAAAAUAUAAUGUUGUUUUUUUUUUUCCAAGUCAUUAUUUGUUGAUAUAGUUCUCCCUGUGGCCUAACCGAGGCUUGUCUCUUAUUGUAUAAUGGCUUACAUAUAUGUUGUAUAUUAUAUAAUUAUCAUCAUGUUAUUAUUGAUAUUUAUUUGUGCCGAGGAACACUUACAUUACUCUAUUGUUCAAUUCCAUGCAAGUAUAAAACUGAAUUCCCCUCAUCAUUUUUUUCUCCGUUUCAAUUGAUUUCUUUAAAGGGUCUCAACUAUCUUGUCAAUAAUCUUAAAAUAACUUAAAAAUAAUUUUUUAAAGAUAUAGUUUAUUACCUGAGAUUUUGUAUAGGCACACCAUCAGUGUUGUUGAUGUGGACACACAUACUCUAUUCAAGAUAUUUUGUUUUUCUUGUCACUUGAAUAUAAAACAUUAAUUGAAUGUAUGCAUGAAAUUAAUGCUUUGGCAUCUGUAAUUGUGCAAUAUCCAAGGUAGCUUUAAUUACGUAACGGCUCCAGUUCUAUCCCUGUGGGAGUGAAAAAUUUGCAAAUUUAAUUUCAUGAUAUAUCCACAAUAUUUUAUAAUCUACAAUUGCUUGUAAUUAAGUACAUUUAGAUUAUGACAGAUUUUAUUUUCUGUGUUCAUGUACAUACAAAUAUUUCACUAAAUUCAUAUUUAUUUAUUUAUUUAUUUCUACCCCUUAUUUUUUAAAGUGUACAAUGUACUUGAUGAGUCUCUUCGCGUAAAAUUAUAGCUUUCAGUCUAACACUAUGGUCAAAACACAAAUUAUUUGUAAUUUAAGAGAGUGUAAUUUCUGGUUAAUGAAAGCUAUUUAUGGAUCCUGUGGUGAUUUUUAUCUGUCUAUGCCUGCAUACUAUGCACUUUUUGGGCAAAUUAAAAAUAAAUUAUUUGACAGCUUAAUUCAGAUAUUAUAAAUUUGAAGAGUAUCUUCUCUCUAAAAGAUGGUUUUACAGUAAUAUACCAGCAGUUGCCAGGCAAGAUACGCCCACAUUUUGCAAGAGAUGGAUAGAGAACAAGCUAAAAACAAAAGCAUUUUUUCGUACAAUCAGGGGCUGUAAUCCAGAAAGUUAUGGUCUGAAAUGCGCAAAUAUCGAGAGGGACUGAGAUUUUUGAGAUAUAAAAUAUAUUUUAAUUUUGAAGAGCAUGAGACGAAGGAGCCUAUUGAUUUUCAAUGAUUUCCAAUACUUACUGCCAGAGUUAUGGCCCUUGAUCACUUUGACACUGUAGGGGCUAAAGUUAAUAUCCAACUGACUUUAAAUUAAUACACAGUGUUGAAGGAAAUGGGACGAAGAAGCCUAUUGAUUUUCAGCGAUUUCCGAUAGUUACUGCCAGAGUUAUGGCCCUUGAUCUCUUUGAAAUAUCUUGUUGACGCUGUAGAGGCUAUAGUUAAUAUCCAAUUGACUUUAGAUUGAUACAGACUGUUUAAUGUCAUGAGACGAAGAAUCCUAUUGAUUUUCAACUAUUUUCAAUAAUUACUGCCAAAGUUAUAACACUUGACCUCUUUGAAAAAUCUUGCAGAAACUCUUGAGGCUAAAGUUAAUAUCUGAUAGACUUUAAACUUAUACACCGUGUUUAAGGUCAUGAGACAAAGAAUCCUAUUCAUUUUCAAUGAUUUCCGAUAAUUACUGCCAGAGUUAAGGUCCUUGAUCACUUUGAAAGUCUUGUGAACACUCUAGAGGCUAAAACUCCAUUUCAUUCAUUCAUUCACUCUAAGAGGCUAAACUUAAUAUAAAUUGUUUAAGGUCAUGAGACAAACAAUCGAAACAAAUUCCAAUGUUUUCUGAUAAUUACUUCAUGGGUUAUUCAGAUUUUCAUGUGUUAUAAAUGUUCUCAUGACUGACAAAAUAAAAAAUAUGCGACAACAUUUGUUGACUGUCUGGACGACUUAGCUGUUGUGGGCGUAUGUUUCAUUGCCAGGCAAUCGAUCUUAUAUUUUUCUUGAAGUUUGAGAUUUAAUUAAUGUGAAAUUAAUGUAUUUAUAGUAAGGUUGAAAUACUGUCAAGUAAAAUGCAAAACAAAUAUCCCUCUGUGAAAAAAAAACACAUCUACUGUCAGUAAAGGUAAAAUAUUAGUUCUGAAUUUGGGUCAGUUUAUUUUCAUUAUUGGAGGGAUUGUUUUUGGGUUUUUUAUUUCCAAUGCAUGGAUUUCAAUGGUAUAGGAUAAGGGAUAUAGUUUUGUUGAAUCUUCCUCAAAUGAAAAAUGUUUUGUACAAUAUUCUUUGGCUAUUCCUUAUAUUUUACAACACAGUUUGUGCCAUGAUCAUAUAUUUUCUAAGAUAACUGUAGUGUUAAUCAUAAGACAGAUUUUUUUUUUUUUUUUUUUUAGGGCAUUUGCUUUCAUUUGCCGAAAUUGAAAGUGUUAUUUAUUGUUUUCUAUGCUGCCUGUUGUCCACAAUUCAGAUUUUAUUAUUACUGCAUGUAGAUUUAUUCCCCUUGAUACAUUUACAAAUUUGAAGGAUUUUGGGGAACUUCACCAAGAACAAAACUUUGAUAGCUCUGUGUUUUAUAGAAAUUCUUUGACUGGCAGAUACAGUUGUAUAAUAUAUCUUUUAGAUAUUUCUUUGAACUCUUAUCUUUCUUCUUAUUUCUUAGAAUUUGCUACUCUUAUGAUAAAAUAUUCAAUCAUGUCUAAAUUAUUGAUUUAAGAUUAAAUUCUUUUUUCACUUUAAUAUCUUAUGUAUGUUUGGAUUGAAACGUUAAUAUAUUGAUGAGGAACUGCCUUUAAGAAGUUUUAACAAUAUAUCCCUUAAAUGUAAUUAAAUGAUGAAGAUAUGGAUGUAUGUUAUAUGGAAGAUGAUAAAUCAUAUGUAUUAAAUUUGUUAUUUGUGGAAAA